AUGGCGGAACAAACCCCUCAAGACGUCGUGGCCCACGCCCAAUCCCCAGCAGACACCGUAUCGACGACCAAUACUAAGCGAAAGGCUGAAGAGCAGUUAACGAAAGAGAUGGUUGAGCAACAACCACAAACCGAGCAGUCGGCGGCUCCCAGCACCGAGCAGCAACCGACCGAGCAAACCACAACCGCAACCACCACAGACAACACCCAAGAGCCACAAGUGCAACAAAAACAAGACAAUGCCGAAAGCCAACCAGCCGAUGGCACCACUCCCACGGCCACCAACGAAGACGGCACCCCCAAACUCUCCAAGAACCAACUGAAGCGUCUCCGCAAGCAGGCCGCCCACGAGCAAUUCCGCGCCGAGCGCAAAGAAAAGCGCAAAGAGAAGCGUCACCAACAACAAGCCAAGAAGCGGGCGCUGAAAGAAGCCGUGGCAGCCGAAGCCGUCGCAGCGGGCGAGGACCCGGAGGAGGCCGUGAAGAAGCUGUACAGGGAGCCGUGGGUGGCGCACCCGGUGCCGGUGGCCUUCAUCAUCGACUGCGACUUUGAGGAGUACAUGCGCGACAACGAGAUCGUAUCCCUCUCUUCGCAAAUCGUGCGCUCCUACUCGCAGAACCGGCGCGCCAAGUACCAGGCCCAGUUGGUGAUCAGCUCGUGGAAGGGCAAGCUCAAGGACCGGUUCGUGCAGGUGCUGAAUAACGCGCACCUGAACUGGAAGGGCGGGGUCAAGUGCGUGGAGGGCGAUUUCAUGCAGGCGGCGGAGGUUGCGAAGCAGAUGAUGGAGGAGCCGGAGGUCAAGGAGGGCAUGAUCGAUUUUCUCAAGCCGAGUGGAAAUGGUGGGUUGUUGCUUCCUGAACCGGAAGCAGUCGAGGAGACGGUGGAGGAGACGGUGGAGGGUGGUGGUGCUCCCAAGGCUCAGCCGAAGCCUGUCGAGGAAGAGGCCGAGGAUGUGAACCAGUCGAUCGUUUACCUGUCGGCAGAGUCUGACUACACGUUGGACAAGCUAGAAGCCAACACGUGCUACGUCAUCGGCGGCCUGGUGGACAGGAACCGCGAAAAGGGGCUCUGCUACGGGCGGGCCAAGGCGGCAAAGGUGCGGACGGCUAAGCUACCCAUUGGAGAGUACAUGGCCAUGCAGAGUCGCUAUGUCCUCACGACGAACCAGGUCGUGGAGAUCAUGGCCAAAUGGCUCGAGUGCGGUGACUGGGGUGAGGCGUUCCUGACUGUUAUCCCGAAGAGAAAGGGCGGAACCCUCAAGGCCGAGUCAUCGUGCGGUACCCCUGCUGCGGACAACGGCGAGGAUGAUGAAGAGGAGAAGAAUGGCGCUGGUGAAGCUAAUGGUGAGGCUGCGGCUAAGGAGGUUGCAGAGCAGACGACAGAGCAGGCACAGGAUGUGCAGUCGUCUGGUUAA